AAUAACUCGCGCAUGGAUGCAAAGAUUGUCGUACACACAGGCAUUUCCUAUUUUCGAUUUUAUUUUUGAAAAAUACUUCCUGAGUCACUCAACAGUUGAGUCAACACGCGUUUCACAACAGUUUCUUUUGUAAUUCCGCUUCAAUUGUAUAUGAAAACCAAGUCGUAGACUCUUCAAAAUGUGUGCGGCAAGUUACAGAGACGAUCACAGAGGUGUCAAAGAAGCUGUAAUUGGAACAAAAAUUGCUUCUUUUGAAACAAGAAAUCGUAGGGCGUUUGAUAUGGAACAUCCUUCAUUCAAACCGGAGGAAACUGGGUCAUUUUCACUGGAUAUUGACAGGAAGUACGAAAAUACAACAAAGCAGCUGAAAUACUACGUAAAACCUCCAGAGAACAGUGUGCAUUUUGACUUACGCAAAGGAUAUAGCACGAUGAUCAGAAAAGAUGAAUCCACACCAAACUAUAUCACCGACAUUUUAGGAUGGAUCACAGACAAUAAGGAGAAGUUGGUCGAAGAAGACAUGAAAACAACGAGGCAGCUGAACACAGACUUUGUUUGCUGGCGAGGGUUGUAUACAAAGUUCUUGUGUACACCAUAUGAGAAUAGAGAAGGCUGGCUUGUAGCUGUAACUCUUUAUAAUGGAACAUAUUACCUGUGUGAGUUUGAAACAGAGCAGAAAAAGCAACAGAAUGCAUCGAGGACAAAACGUGAUGAUGAAAUGUGUUGUUGGGGAUGGAAGUUUGAGCAAUAUUUAACUGCAGAUUCUCCCACUGGUGUUCCUGAUACAGAGUCUCCAUACAACAACUGCGAGGCUUUCUGUACUGUUGUUCGUUCAAGACUAAACUCUCAUUCCUUGGUUUACAGUGGUGAGGUAGAUGCUGUAUAUACAGAUGAUGUGUAUGGCAAACAUUACAUAGAGCUUAAAACAUCGAGAGAUUUCAGCCAUCCCAGACAGUAUGUAAACUUUAAAAGGUUCAAGUUGAUAAAAUGGUGGGCUCAGAGUUUCCUGGUAGGUAUACCAGAGAUAGUGUGUGGAUACAGAGAUGAUGAUGGAAUUGUACACAGGCUGGAAUCAUUUAGCACAAAGAAAUUACCAGAAAUUGCCAAGGAUAUAAGCAAUCCCUGGAAAGCAAAUGUGUGUUUCAACUUUCUGGAUCAGCUGCUAUCUUUUAUAAAGUCUACAGUAAAAAUUGAUGAUCAUAGAACAGUCCAUCUGCUGCAGUGGUCUCCAGGUGAACCAGUCUGGUGUAGCAAGCCUCUCAAUGACUCAGAAUACAACUUCCUGCCAGACUGGUACACAAAAUAACAAGUUUCCUCUGAAAAAAUAGUACACUGCCAAACCACCUUAAACAUAGUCUCAGAUCUGAGACAAAGGAAAUUUACACUACUCCAUACUUCAUAGGAUUAUUGUUGCACCUGUUAUAAAUAAUUCAGUGCUGUAAAGGUAAUACUGUUAUAUAAAACUCUGGCUCAUUUCUAGGGAUACACUGCAGUUUUUCCUUUCCAAAUCAGUCUUUCUUAGUGCUUGCGGAGAAUACUUUCUAGAUAGAUUAUGUUAAGAUCUGUUACUGUACUGCAUUAUAUAUGUGUUCACAAUGAUCCAAACACUGGUAUAUAUAUUUUAACGCUAAGAAAUGAAAUAAAGUAACAAACACGAGGAAUGAUUUUUUACAGUUUAUUUUGGGUCUUUUUUUUUUUUAAAGGCAAUUAUCACUGUGACAUUUUAUAGCUUUCUGUUUUAUGAUUUAUACACAAAUGAUAACACAAUGAUUUUAUAUCCUUUGAACAACACAUACAAAAUUUUGUCUCGUCCAAGGACUGUACACAAAACUUUAUGCAACAUCAUAAUCAUUUACACAAUAAUCCUGCAGACUGAGUAGCAGAAUUUAAAUAUACCUAAUAUAUUUACAUUUACUCAGACAAAGCUAAAAAUGUAUAUUCUCUAUGUAAAUUUGAACAGUAAAGCUGAGUUUUUGUACCUUGAAGUGUUUUCAAUUAAGACAAGUUAAUUUUAGGCAGUGGCUAGAGAACAGGAACUGGUUCCCUAGACAACAAACUUAUUUGGAAUCGGUCCUCCACGCGUAUAGGCUAGAGGACCAGAAUUUUUUCUAUACAUAUUACCUCUGAUAUAUAUGGUUGAUAAUGAUAACAUUUUGUCAAAUUGGUAAUAUUAAUUUACUUAAAUGUUACCAAUUCAGCAAUUCAGUCGUGGGUUUACUUGUUCAUUUAUGUUUGUUUAACUUUACACUGUUUUGAUAUCUUAUUCUACAGUAUCCAUUGUCUGCUAUUUUGAUAAGACAUUUACCUCUAUGAAUAACUUGCAAGUCAUCGGUAUAGAAGCCAUUAUAUUAUACUGAGAACAGAAAUACACAUUUACGGCUACCAGGUACAUGAUGAAUAUUGUUUCAAUUAUCAUUAUUAUAAUAAAUAAAUAAAUCCCAAAAUUUUUCCUUUUUUAAGAGCUAAGAUGAAUAUUUACUAUCACAAUUUCAAAAGGUGUGCUAUUAGCUGUGAAAUUGUUUUUAUUUAUCGUGCGCCAUGUCUUCGUACAUAAUGAAAUCACACUUGUACUGCACUACAAUGGCUGAUAACGAAUCACUACUAAAUUGGUAAAGAUACCAGCAAAUAUGGGAUAAACUCGCAUAAAUGAAAAAGUAAGCCCUCGUUUGACUUGCUGAAUCGAUAACUUUAAUUAUCAUUAUUAUCUACAUAUCGGCAGUAAUAUGCAUAGAAAAAUAUUCUGGCCCUCUAACCUAUACGCUAGAGGACCGAUUCCGGUAGAAUAAGUUUGGUGUCUAGAGAACCUGUUCCAUUAUCUAGCCACUACCUUAGUUUUAACAAACAUAUACCAUAUUUAAUUGAUUCUCCUCUUGUAUCAUCAGCUGGAUAGUGAUAAAACUGUGAAGUAUGAUAUACUAGUACCUGUAUGAGAAUAUUUGAAAAUGUUCCGUCAAAGAAGAGUCCGAAAGAAUGAGUUAGAAGACCCACUGAUGAUGAAAUACAUAUACAUAACCUAAAUGGUAUAAACUAUUAUAUUCUGCUGAGAAAUAUCACAUUAUUAUGUAUGCUUGUAUACAAUGUACUAUUAAAGUGCUCAGUAAAAUCUA